AGCAUAUGAUUUAUUGGAAAAAUAUUGCCAUUGAAAAACCCAUCUUUCUGAUAUUGGAUAAAGUAAUUCAGUAACCUGAAGGCCUAAGUCUUUUUUUUUUUUUUUUUGCAGUGUUUCACUGUAGUGUUGGUUGUGGAUGCCAUGAAAUUUAAUUUUAAAAUUAGUAUGUCUUCCUUUUCCCCCAUUUAGCCUUUACAGUUGUCCUUCUUUGUCCUUUUCGGAUAUCUGGCAAUCCUUUCUGUGAUAAGCCAGACUUCAUUAGGGCAGUGGGUUCAUACAUUUAAUUUUAUCCAGGGUUUGAGUUUGCAGUAGAAAUUCCAGUAUGACAGUUGCAGCAAGUUUGAAAGAUAUAUAUAUUUUAAAAUGGCACCAAGUCCAUCAGUAUACACAGAUAGAGAAUAUCAAUGUGAAAAACCAGUGGAGGACAUUUAAAUAUUUGCUGGCUAUGGGGAAGAUUUCAGACAGCUCUCAGAAGAAACUAAAAAAACAAAUUUAUUCUUGUAUUUUUGUCUCCUUGUAUAUAAAACCAUUAAUGUUGUGGGCAGCACAAGACUGAGCCUGAAAUUUACAAAAAAUUAAGCUGGGAUGUUUUCUGCUUUUUCUGGCUUAGGGAAAGAGAAAGUGAUACUCCUGAACUUCUUGUUUGGUUUCAACUUGACAAAAUCUGGGGGAGGACACCAAGGGAGUUUGUGACCAAUAUCCCCUUCCCUAGUUUCUCUAUGGCCACAGAGAGUCUGUUCAGCUACCUCCCUUCUGUUUUUCUGCCCUUGAAAUUUUCUGUCUACUUCUUGAAGGUAUGAGUUGAUCCUCUUCACAUUUGGGACAAAUGUGGUUGGCAGCAGAUACUUAAUCACCACAGAAGAGACAGAAUUCUUAAGACAGAAUUGGCAAUUGUGCUUUCCCCUGAUCCUGUUUGAAAGCCUUGGCCCAAAGGCUCCCCGCCAGCGGAAAGAUAAAAACCUUGGACCCAAAACUGCAGCUAUGCACGCUACAUUGCCUGGCAGCUUCAGAUGUCACUUGGGAGGAGUUGACCCAUAUUUUCUGUCUCCUUGUGUCACCGUUCACUUUUUCAUCCUUCCAUCCGCAGAUACAGAUAGGUUUUUAAGGGAGCCCUCUUAUGAAUAGAAAGGUUUUUUUCUUCUGAUUGAGCACUGGGAAGUGACUUUAGUUGACAUGUCAGUUUUGGAUUCCUGUAGAAUAAGAGGAAGAGAACAUACAGUAAUGGAGUAUAUGAGUACCGGUAGUGAAAAUAAGGAAGAGUUUGACUUACUGCUGACAGAUUUAAAUAUGUCCGAAGUAAUUGACAUCAUGGAGAACCUUUAUCCCAAAGGCGACCUGACAAUUUACAAAGACAACCUCAUUGCUCUGCAUCCAGAAAAGAACAAAAAUGAGGAGCGGACUGAAUCUUUGCUCUUCAGCCGAAGAGAAGUUUCUUUGCUUUCGUGUGUCAAGUAUGGGACUGUGGAAGACCUACUGGCAUUUGCCAACCAGGUGUCAAACACCGCAAAGCAGUUAUGCCAGCACAGGAGACAAGAAUCUGGAAUCAUAUUAAACAUGAUCAAACCCAAAAAUGGGCGCUAUAAGAUUGACUCGGAUGUUCUUCUAUUUCCUUGGAAACUAACAUACAGAAAUAUUGGGACUGACUUCAUUCCACGGGGAGCUUUUGGGAAAGUAUACUUGGCGCAAGAUACAGAAACCAAAAAGCGGAUGGCUUGUAAGAUGGUUCCCGUGGAGCAGUUCAAGCCAUCAGAUGUUGAAAUCCAAGCCUGUUUUCGCCAUGAAAAUAUUGCUGAACUUUAUGGAGCCAUCUUAUGGGAUGAGACAAUCCAUCUCUUUAUGGAGGCAGGAGAAGGAGGGUCUGUCCUAGAAAAGAUAGAAAGUUGUGGGCCUUUGAGAGAAUUUGAAGUCAUCUGGCUGGCAAAACAUAUUCUCAAAGGACUUGAGUUUCUUCACUCAAAGGGAGUUAUUCAUCAAGAUAUCAAACCAAGCAACAUUGUUUUCAUGUCAACCAAAGCUGUUUUAGUGGAUUUUGGACUAAGCGUUCAAAUGACAGAAGAUGUUUAUUAUCCUAAAGAACUUCGAGGAACAGAGAUUUACAUGAGUCCAGAAGUGAUUCUCUGCCGAGGCCACAGUACAAAAGCUGACAUCUACAGUCUAGGAGCAACCAUCAUCCACAUGCAAACUGGCAUCCCACCAUGGGUCAGUCGAUAUCCUCGUGCAGCAUAUCCCUCCUAUCUCUACAUAAUCCAUAAGCAAGCUCCGCCACUUGAGGACAUUGCUGAGGAUUGCAGUGCUAAUAUGAGACAGUUAUUGGAAGCAGCUCUUGAAAGGAAUCCCAACCAGAGACUUUCGGCUACAGAAUUGCUCAAACAUGAAGCCUUGCACCCAUCACGAGAGGAACAGCCCCGUUGUCAGAGUUUGGAUUCAGCACUUUUUGCACGAAAGAGGUUGCUGGAAAAGAAUGAGUUGGAACUCUCUGAGAAUAUUUCAGAUUCUUCAUGUCUUGGGAUUACUGAGGAAUUGGAUUUGCUGAGGAGACAACGCUCAUUAUAUAUAAACCUUGGAGCAUUAGCUGGCUACUUUAAUAUUGUCCGUGGACCAACAACACUAGAUUAUGACUAGAUUUGGUGGUCUCUUAUGUGGAACUGAAAGGAGUAGUUAUCUAUAGAGAGAGGGAUGGGAGAAAGAGAGAGAAGCAUAAGAGCUGCGCUUGGAUUCCUUGAACUCUAACAAUCUUUUAAUGAAUGUACUGGAUGAUUCCAUUGCUACUUUUAAUCACACACACACACACACACAUGUAUGUAACUGAUUUUUUAAAAAGACAGUUAUACUGACAGUGAGUCCUUUGCUUGGUUUCUAUUACUUGGCUUACCUAAAAACCAACCAACCAACCUGCCUUUUGUUACCUGUAGUUCAAUCCGUAUUUUCACGUAAUCUUACUAAGUGAAUGAAGUAAUAUUGGAGCAAAAGAGCAUAUUUAUGCUCCACCACUAGUUUAGUUUGUUUUGAUUAUCAAGGGAGAUAAGCACCUUCUUUCAAAAUAAUAUUUUGGGGCUUCAUAUUAUUAUUUUUUAUCAUACUUCCUAACUCUCAGUGCUGUUGCAAUUGAUCUCCUUUGUUUCAAACUGAGGGUGUGGCAAAUUUAGGAAUUCUGUACAUAAGCUAAGAACAUUUCCAAGAAAACAUUACUGAAUUCAGAGUCACCUAGUUUCCUAAUGAAUAUCUAUAAUUUAAUUCAUGUAUAUCUACUGGUUUUGAGGGAAGGAAACCCCAAUUGUGACUUUAGUUGCAUCUUCUGUUUAAGUUUUUAAUUAUCAAGCUGCUAGACAGGGAUUGUCAAAACGCCUGCUCCCCACGCUGGCUGAAAAUAUUUUCCAACACAAUAGUUCUUUGACAUGAAUGGGAACUGUGCCAGAUCUUGAGAUAAACUCUGUCAUGUGAAUGUAAAUUACACAAAGACUUAGUAACUGCAAUCAUAGGCUGUUUGAAUGUUAACAUAUUGUAUAAAUGACUCAUGAAGGUGAGCUUAAUUUAAUUUAAGAACUAUGUGUUAAAAAUAGACAUGUAGUUAGGUGUUACGAUUAUUUUAUGUUCCUAUGGAAAGAAUACCUCCUUUUUUUUUUGAAGAUUUGAGUGCAUUUAAAACAAAUGUUUUGAAUGAUAGUAAAACUAGUUCAAGAACAAAGCUUUGUACAUCCUAUGGGAUGAAUAUAUUAACUUUUAUAAAACAGUUUAAUGGUUUAUUAAGCUAUUUUUUUAAAAAAGAGGCAUACUAUGUAUGUUAUAAAUAGAGUGAUUAACAACAUUAUGGUUUAGAUUUUAUAUUUAAAUGUCUUCGUAUGCAAAAUGUGUUUGUAUCAAUUUCUUGAAGUUCUAAUUCCUGAAUCAGUUAUUGUAAAAAAAAUAAAUUUCUGUUAAAUG